AUGUUGGAGAAACCGAACAAGAUGAAGUCGAGUCUGGAUAAGCGAAGUAAGAACAAGUAUUGUAGGUUUCAUAGAGACCAUGGACAUGAUACUUCUCAGUGCUAUGACUUGAGAGACAAGGUCGAGAAUCUGAUCAGGCGAGGUCACCUGAAGAAAUAUGUUGGGAAGAAGGAUUCUUGUUUUUCUCAGGGUAAAAGAAAAUUUGACCGAUUAGAUCGUGAUGAUCGGGAUAAAUCUCCAUCACCUAAGAAAAGAGAAUCAAGUGGAAAGAGGCUUGUAGUAUUAAACACUAUUUUUGGUGGACCAAAUGGAGGACAUUCAGGCAAUAAGAGGAAAGCACUUAUUCGAGAAACCGGUCGUGAAGUCAACGCUUCAUAUAUUCAGCCGAUAGCGACAAUUUCUUUUUCUACUGCUGACCAAGAGGGAAUUCAUUUACUGUACAAUGAUGCUUUAGUGAUCUCACCCAUAAUUGAUAAUGUACAGGUCAGACGAGUACUAGUUGAUGGAGGAGCGUCCACCAAUAUACUCUCACUCUCAACCUAUCUUGCUCUGGGGUGGGAGAAGUCACAAUUGAAAUGA